UUGAAGUGAGGCGGUGAGCGGGACCGGGGCCCAGCGGGAUGGCGGGGGGCUGCGAUGUCCCCCGGGAGCUCAGCCUCAUGGAUAAAGGCGUUAAGAGCUUGUUGGAGGUGUCCCUGAGCUCGGACCUGCACACUCUCAACCUGCACUGUAACCGCAUCGCCAGAAUCGAAGGGCUCAGCCACCUCCGGAGACUGCAGCACCUGGAUCUGUCAUCGAACCAAAUCCGCCGGAUCGAGGGGCUGAGUUCCCUGGCUAAUCUGCGCAGCCUAAGCUUGUCCUGUAACCUCAUCACGAAAGUAGAGGGACUGGAGAAGCUCUUUAAUUUAACAAUACUGAAUUUGUCAUAUAAUCGAAUACAUGAUCUUUCUGGACUGCAAUGCCUUCAUGGAACCAGACAUAAGAUCAGCCACAUUGACCUUCACAGCAAUUGUGUAAAUGAUAUUAAUCAUUUACUUAAGUGCACAAAGGGGCUGCACUGCUUAACAAGUCUGACACUGGAAAAAAAUGGAAAAGCCAAUCCAGUUUGUCACACAGCAGGUUACAGGGAAACUCUUCUUCAGGCCUUGCCCCAGCUAACAGCUCUAGAUGGAAGAAAUACUACUGGUGAACCAGUGGAACUGGCAGAAAAAAACAGUUCAGAUUUACAGUGUUUAGAAGACAUUCUGGGCUGUUUGGUUUCAUCCAGGUGUCCCUCAUCCAGAGAUCAGAACUGUGCUACCUUACCAGUGGUGACACCACAUAUUGACCAGGUGUUAGCCCAUUUUCAUCAGCGUACAAGAAUGCCAGCUCAGAGUGCCAUCAGCUCCUCUACAGAGCUUGUGUCAUCCUCAGAAACAGAGAAGCCUGAACUUGAUAAAAUAUUCAGUGAAAUAAGAAUUAAAAAAAUAGAAGAUCAAAUUUCACAGAUACUGCAAAAGGUAUCUGAUACCUCAAGACAGGAAGCUCCUCCAAAUGUUCUUAAAGCUAAGAGGGACAUAGAUCCAACUUCUGAGAGUGAAAAUGACAGUGGGAAAGAGAACAGAAAGGUGGUGAAAAGAAGCAAGAUCCCUACUUACCGCAGAACUACCUUAUCUACAAGGUGUCAGGCAACUCAUCUUAAGAACAAAAUAACUGACAGGGAACAGAAGAAGAGUCCAUCAAAGUGUCCACAGUCCAGACAGAAAGACUCUCAUCUUGAUUCAUCAGCAGAUUCUCAAGACUUGGACAUAGUAGGAAAAAAAAUUGAAAUAGUGACUGGAAGACAGAGCAAUGCAGAAAAAGUAGAAGAAAUUACUUCAGGUGCUACAGAGGAAUCAACAUACCGAGCACUGAUUCAGGAGCUGGAUCAGGAGAAGGAGAGGAGGUGGAAAGCAGAGCAAGCAGAGAAGAAAUUAGUAGAGCAAGUACAAGAGCUACAGAGACAUGCAAAAGAAGAAAAGAAUAUUCAGACUAUGGCUGUAUACACCACAAGCAGGUUAAAAGAACUGAUACUGAAGGAGAGAGAUGCUAAAGCAAGACUGCAAGCAGAUGUCCACCAGUUGAAAAGUGAAACUGAAAGACUGACUAAUGAGUUAAAUCAGGCAAAAAAUAAAGAGGCAGAACAUCAGAAGGCCAUGCAAACUUUAGAAGAAACACUGUCCAAGAUGGAGACACAGAGGUUGCAGCAAAGAACAAUAGAGAUGAAGCAGGUGCAGGAAGCAGAGCUUAAAGCAUCAGCAAAUGAAAGAGAAGUGCAGUUACUUCGUAUAUCCUUUCGACAACAGAAGGAGAAGGUAAAACAACUACAUGAGCUUCUUGUAUUAAGAGAGCAAGAGCAAAGGAAAGAACGUGAAAACCGAGUUGCUUUAAAUGGACCUGAAUUUCAAGAUGCCUUGUCAAAAGAAGUGGCUAAAGAGCAACAGAGGCAUGAACAGCAUGUUAGAGAAUUUCAGGAGAAAAUUAAGAUGUUAAAGCAGAAGUAUACAGAGUUAGAAGAUGAAUUUCAUUUAGCUUUAACUAUUGAAGCAAAAAGAUUUAAAGAGGUAAAAGAGGAUUUUGAAAAUGUUGCAGCUGAUCUAGCUGAACAUAAACAAGCUCUGCAUGAGUUUGAACAAAGGGAAAAAGAGAUGACAAGCCUGAUCCAAGACCUGACAAGCAUAGUGGAAGAACAGAAAGCAAAGAUUGCAGAAUUAACAAAAUCAAAUGAAGAAGCAACAGCAAACCUGAAGUGUAAAACAGAGGAACUUGAAACUGUGACUGAGGAGGACAAGAAGAAGGCUGUUCAACUUGAACUUCUGAAAAAGGAAAAUGCAAAACUCAUUUCUCAGUUGACAGCCCAGGAGUCUGUGAUUGAUGGGUUAAAAAUGGAAAGAAAAAUAUGGGGGCAAGAGUUGGCACAACAAGGAGCUCAUCUUGCUCAAGAUCGGGGAAAACUGGAGGCAAAAAUUGAAGUUUUAACAAAUGAGAUUGAGAUGUUAAAAAAGCAAAAGGAGCAGGACAGUGAUACUAUAAAAAUUAAAAACAAAAUAGUGGACGAUCAGACAGAAACAAUUAGGAGAUUAAAAGAAGGCUUACAAGAAAAAGAUAAACAAAUGAGAAAACAGCAGGAAGAAAAUCUGGAAGCUCAGAAAUUUUGUCAAGUACAAUUGGAUGAAAAAGCUGCUGAAUUUGAAGAGCUAAUGGAAAAAUUAGAAAGGGAAAACAAAAGAAAAAGGGAAUUAAAACAGCUGUUAGAAGAGAAAGAAGUAGAACUUGAUGACAUUAAGAAUGCACACAGUGCACUAAAAAAGAAGUGGCAAGGUAAAGGAGAGCUGUUAAGCCAGCUGGAGGUGCAAGUUAAACGAAUGAAGGAGAACUUUGAUAUGAAAGAGAAGAAGCUGAUUGAAGAUAGAAAUAAAAGUCUUCAAACUCAGAGAAUUGCAGUGGAAAAGCUUAAUGAAAUGGAAGAUGCUUUUAGAAAACAACUGGAUUCAAUGUUAGCAGCUCAUCAGGAUGAACUAUUGCAGCUGGCAAGUGAAAAGGAAAAACAAAUUGAAGCAGCAAAUGAAAAGGUUUACUAUGUUGAGGAGGAAAUGCGGCAGCUUUUGGAAGAAACAGCACACAGCAAAAAGGCCCUGGAAAAUAAAAUAAGGAGACUUACACAUGCACUGAAUGAUAUUCAGCAAGAUCUUUGAUUACUGUCUACAGUGAUAAGUGUAUCAUACACACUUAAGCAAAUACACUACAGUGCACUUUUUGUUUUCUAGAAAAUUUUGUG